UUGUCGGUAACUUCUACCCACUACUGCUAGUUUCCACUCAAGCGGGUGUCCGGUUACCCCGCUCCUGUGCUCUCGCUUGCCUUUAUCCUUCAACAGGCAUCUCUCGCGGUCGCCUACUUUUACACCGUCCCCGCUUUUUCUUUUAGUUUGGUUUGUAGAGUGGGACUUUUUCCAAGCGGGCAGAAAUGAGCAUCGAAACGCUUCUAGAAGCUGCCAAGUUUUUGGAAUUGCAAGCCCAGCAACAACAGAGAGCACGUGAGGAUGAACUGAAAGAGAAGCUGCAUCUGGAUCUGCUAACGGAGCAAAGACAGACUGAUGUGAACAAGUACAACUGCAGAGGCCACGUCAACAAUGUUUUUAAAGCAGAGGAGCUUAUCACUGAGCGCCCCCCAGCCCCCAUACCGCCCUCUCUUCCUCCCCCCACCAUGCCGAUCACAGUGAUCCCCAUCCCGGUUGUCAAACCCAACCCAGCAGACUCACCUUCUGUCCCCGUGGCAUUGCUCUCCCACCCUGCUGCUCCCCCUCUGACCUCCCCCAAAAGGGAGCCUCCUUCCCCCCAGGAGCAAGGUGUCGUAGCUCCGCCACGUUCUCCCCAACCCAAACCAGACGACCCAAACCACAAACUGCACACACAGAACCACCAACAUCACCCAACGCAGCUCCUCGCGCAAACCAUCAGCACCAAUAUACAGCAGCAGCAGACGCACCAACAGCUCCUUCAGCACUAUCCCGGUUCCAUCGUCUCACCCCCUCAUCAGCCUGCAUUGCCCUCCCAGUCCCUACAGCUAGCACCCUUGGUGAACGGCCCCAGCAGUCGGGGGAGUCCUCCUGAUGACGGACGCCUACUCGACCAGAAGAAACGACCCGGGGGGGCAGGCACAAGAGAAGUGCACAACAAGCUUGAGAAAAACAGACGAGCCCACUUAAAGGAGUGCUUCGAAACACUGAAAAAGAACAUCCCCAACAUCGAUGAAAAGAAGACCUCCAAUCUAAGUGUGCUUAGAAGUGCCCUGAGAUACAUCCAGACGCUGAAGCGCAAGGAGAAGGAGUAUGAGCACGACAUGGAGCGUCUGGCGCGCGAAAAGAUCGCCACGCAGCAGCACUUGGAGGAGCUGAAGAACGAGCUGAGCCAGUGGAUGGACGUGGUGGAGAUCGAGCGCGUGCUGCGGCAGACGGUGCAGCCCGAGGAGGACCAGGCGUCCACUUCCACGGCCUCAGAAGGCGAAGAGGUGAUGGACGAUGAUGACGAGGACGAAGAUGUCACAGCGAGACCGCCGAGCGUGUCGCCCGCCGCCCCCCAGCCCCACAAAGCUGAUAAUCUCCAGCAGACGCCCACCCACACCUUGACUGUGACCGCCCCCACCUCUUCCUUCAUGGCCCAUCACAUGUCAGCUCUGCAGCCGCCGCCCAAGCCCCCCGCCACCGGCCAGCCCGCCUUACACCCUACCGUCAUCGCCCACGCGUCCGUCUCACACCCGUCCGUCAUCCAAGCAGUCAACCACGUCAUACAGACGGGGGGGCCCAAACAUAUCGCCCAGCUGGCGCCCGGGCAGCCACCCAUCGGCCAUAUCACUGUACACCCGGUGGCCCACCUGAGCCAACACCUGCCCACCCUCUACCCGCAACCCGUGGCCGUCACCCAGCCCGCCUUGAUCAGCCACAUCGCCCACACCCUCGGCCACGUCAACGGCGCCGCUGGGCAACCUUCCGCCGUUGUAAACAAGCAGACCGUGGUGGCCCACCACCCGCAGCUGGUGGGCCAGACUGUCCUCAACCCAGUCACCAUGGUGACCAUGCCCUCCUUCCCCAUCAGCACUCUCAAGCUCGCCUGAAGUGGCUCACCGACGCCCCUCCGUAGGAGAGCGCCGUGCAGACGGCCGAGCAGGGCUCACUGGAUCCUGCUUGAACAUCAGCACCCUCACUCGUCACGUCUACUGCUUCUCGUCGGGGACGGGGAGGGCCUGCUGCAGACGGACCAAUGGCAAGGCCCGAUGUGACUCAACCCCACCAUAAGAAGCAGUUGAGAAUGGGAGGCUACAGAAGCCCCGCCCCUCCGCAAGCACACGCGUGCUCCUCUGCUGCAUGCAAAUAGUGGACCGGACUCUAUUACAGAGCUGCAGUCUUCAGAGACUUGCGUGGGGCAAAAGCGUCCCCUGCUGUCCACAAAGGAUGGGUACCUUACCUUAGCACGCUCACCGCUCCACUGCUCUCGCGUUGGCUCAUUGUCUGGUCAGGUGUUUACACUAAAUCAUUGUUUCCCAACCUUUAUUGAGCCAAGGCACAUAGUUUACGUUAUAUAAAAAAAAAUCUCACAGCACACCACCAAACAAAGAUAUUAACUCAAGUGGCUGCCACAGGGUAAUUAUACAUGUACCUUCUUACAUCUAGAGGAAGAGAAUUUAAUUGUUCUCCCUGUCACUAUACAUCACUGGCACAGAGAGUUGAUGCAUCAUGAAGUAAUAAUCUGACAAAUUAUGUGAAAUUGGAUCAUUUGUCAUGGCGCACGGGUUGGGAAUCAGUGCACUAAACUGAUUGAUGCAGAAAUCCGUUCAACCUCGCAGCUACUAUAGGGGAUUACUAAAAUGGCAGUCAUCUUUGGAGUAAUAAAGUGAGACAUUUGGAAUGUAAAAUGUCAUUUGACUCUUGACAAAAACAAUACCCCGUGUGUUUGGACUAUUUGGGAAAAACUGUCAUUGUUACCAGCACUGAAUGUGAACCUCAACAAUAAUCCUAGCUGUGCUUAACGUGGCACUUAACUACUAAAUGCUGCGCUCUCUAUAAGUUGUGAUUUGUGACAACAUAUGGAUCAGCCCCCCCCCCCCCCCCCUAUUUUUUUAUAUGAAAAAGAUGUACAUUAUAUUAACUAUCGUGUAUGUAAACAUUUUUUUUGUUGUUCAGUGUACAUUUUAUGUUUUAUUGGGACCAGAGAGAGUUUACAAAGCAGAUCACAUCUGGCCACUGAAAAAUAUUCUACGUGUACCUUUACAUUUGUGGAGUUUUGUUCCCAUUCCAACCGUGAUUGGAAGUACAAAGAAAAACCAUUAGUUGUCAUGCUUUAGAUUAUGUGCUAAUAACUCCGCAACAAAUUAGGUUUGAAAUGUUGGAGCCCAACACAAAAUGUCUAAAAGGGGUCAAUUAUGGUGACACUGGAAGACAUGAACAAUAUGUUUUCCCUAUGGCGAAAGUUGCACUUGUAAAUAGCCUGUAAAAGCUGGGCUGAAUUAGAUUUCACUAUUACGAAAGCUGGGAAAAUUAUAUGGCAUAAAAACUAUAUAAAACAUGAGUAAAUAAUAAAAUGUAUUUGUUUGAAAGUCUGAUGCUGGUUUUUCAUUUUCCUAAAAUGUUUAGCCACAUGAACACAGGUCUCUGUUAACCCCUUAU